CUACCAAUUCCAAAUUCUUUAUUCGAUAUCGCUAUAUUUUGUCUAUCCUUGAUGGGAACAAACUAUGUUGACUUUCUAAAAGAAGCUUAUCGAACAUUAAAACCAAAGGGUGAGUUAAGAAUUGCUGAAGUGGUAAGUCGUUUUUCUGACAUUGAUGCUUUCAUCGAGGUUCUUGCAGAAAUCGGGUUUAAAUUCGUGAAAAUGUUUGCGACUACUUGUAAACUGAAUAACAAUAGUGGCUACAUACCCA